AUGUACUUGAUCACUGUGUUUGGGAACCUGCUCAUUAUCCUGGCUGUCAGUGCAGACUCCCACCUGCUCACACCCAUGUACUUCUUCCUCUGCAACCUGUCCUUCGUUGACAUCUGUCUCACCUCCACUAUCAUCCCCAAGAUGCUGCUGAACAUACAGACCCAGAGCAAAGCCAUAACCUAUGCGGGCUGCAUCAGCCAGAUGUACUUUUUCCUAUUCUUUGCAGGACUGGAUGACUUCCUCCUGACAGUGAUGGCCUAUGACCGGUAUGUGGCCAUCUGCCAUCCCUUGCACUAUACAGUCAUUGUGAACCCCCAGCUCUGUGGACUUCUUGUUCUGCUGUCCUGGAUCUCUGUUGUCACCCUAUUUUAUUGUACUAGCCUAGGUGUGUACCUCAGUUCUGCUGUUACCUCCAGCUCACCCUCAAGUGCUACAGCCUCAGUGAUGUACACUGUGGUCACGCCCAUGCUGAACCCCUUCAUCUACAGCCUAAGGAACAAAGACAUAAAGGGGGCUCUGAAAAGACUCAUUGUGAAGGAAACUAAGGGUCAAUAG